CCGCUUUCUUCGCUCCUGCUCUUCUCUUCUUCUUUCCCGCCAUCUCGUCGACAAUCCCUUUUCUUGCAGGUCCCCUUUCCUCUUCUUUCGUCUUCCUCCCUCCUACCUCUCCCACCUCUUUCGACCGACCAUCCCCAAGCUCGUCUUCGCCCAUCACCACAACGACACCGAACCACACAAAAAAGCCUCAAGAUGUCGAGACAGUCGCGUGGUCCCCCGGCCAGUUCGGCUUCCACCGCUCCUUCCAGCGUCCGCUCCAACGAGUACUUCGUCCCGAGAGACGGUAUUGACCGCGAGGUCAUCACCGCUGACAUCUGCCGUUAUCUCGGAAAUGAUGCUCUUGUGCGCCCUGGUCACUACGAGAAUCCCCAGACCGGCCAAGUAGUCCAGGGUUACUACAUCACAGCAUAUCGGAACCUAACAACAGCCAUGAUCGAUGACUUGAAGGCCGAUUCUGCGCGAUGGGAAGCAGAGAGGCGGCAACAGGCCGCCCGGAACACCUCAGGAGGGUACCGCCAGUCGGAAACUCAUUCCGCACGCCAACACUAUGGCCCUACGGAUUCCACUGGCUACCCGGACGUGGGACGUGACUCCUAUGACAGCGCCCCCAGAUACCCCGGAUCUCAAGCCCCAGGAUACUCAGGGAACUCUACUCAGGGCUACUCUGGAUCUGCUGCGGUCUACGCCCAGCAACCUUCCUCUUUUCCUUCUUCUGGUGGUGGGUAUUCAUCAUCCUAUGCCUCUGGAGGCUCGUACUCCCAGCCGGACCCGAGGGACCCCAGAUACGCUGGACAGAUGGCUCAAGGAUAUGGAGAACCUCCCUACAUGGCUACCGCUGCGAACCUCGCUCGAAGCGGCUACCCCGCAGACCCGUACGGCGCUGGACAGCCUUCUCGGACCCCUACCACCAUGGCGCCCCAGCAGGGACAGACUUACUCUUCCGGAUCACAGGCUCCGGCGGGUUACCCUUCCGGUUAUUACCCACCCUCGACCUCGGCCUCGUACGGUUCUGCGCCUGUGGCUUCUGAUCCCUUGUACGGACGCGCGUCCCCAGCAGGUGGCCCCGUCCACCCGUCCAUUUCUGGCCAAGGAUCACAGUAUGAGCAACCCCCUGCCCCUCGCACCUCCGCCACCCCUACGAAUUCCAAAACUCAGGUGUCAAGCAGUGGAUCGCACCCUCGCCGUGAAAGGGACUCUGACCGGAGUCAUCACCAAUCCGACCGCCACCGCCCUCCCCGCCGCUAAUACGUUACCAUUCCAUGGACUGUUGUAGCCACUCUGACUGCACGAGACAUCCGUCUCGUGAGUUGUCUGUUAUGAAUUUCAUCCUAAUGAUCCUGGACUUGGAGACUCAUCACCGGCGUCGGCUUUCUUAUCAUUUGUUUCUCCCGGAUAGAACCUUCCCUGGACUUUGAGAGGUGUGAAAACCACCUCGUGAGUUGCAAGUCUGCAUCUCGCAACCCGUUGUCUGGCUUUGCUGGCGUUUUGGCUUUGCACCGGCUCAGAGUUUCCUUGGCUCUAAUCUACUCCGGACCCGUUUACCUGAGGUUCUCUGCCAUCUUGCCUGGACAUUUCCCGGAUUUUACCUGGACUGCCACCAAAAAUUGACUUUUGUCGCAUACCCUGGACGUUUUACGACUGCAUACAU